AUGCUAAUAACCAAGUUAUGGAUGAUAUUGUAAUAAAAAUUGAGUCUGAUACAGACAAAGAUAAUAAAAUUCCAAUAAACAAUAUAUCUACAGACAUUAAACUAGAAGAGCAUAAAAUAGCUUUAUUAGAAUGCAAAAUAAAACUUAGAAAAGAAGCAGCAGAGGUUGAAGCAAUUAAAUUGCAAAAUCAACAACUGAAAAGAAAUAUGAGCUUAGUUUAG